AUGGGCAAGAAAGGCAAUGUGCCUACUGCGGCUGCCAAUAGGCGCUCCAAUGCCAUGAAUCCGAACCAUCCAAGCUACAACCCACAAAUCAAGAUCCAAGAACGUGAAAGGAACUCCAGCCCGGAACCUCGACUCUUCGUGGAGACGGACGUGGUUUGGUUUCGGCUGACAGAGGCCGAAACAGACAGCCUCGCGUCGGGUGUCAUAGCGCCAAAGGCAGCUUUGGGACCCAUCCUCCUUGAAGAUCUGUGUUUGCAGUGCGCGAAGGGCCUGAAGCAUCAUGUCUCGCAAGCCCGGCAGCCCGGAAUCAAGCUCCGAAUCCGAUUCAAUGAGGUGUGCUCAGGUUUGGGAGUCUUGGAGCAGAGGCUACACUUGCCGGAUUCAGACUCCGCUCCAAAGUGGAAGGAUCACGAUGAUCGCUCUCCUAAUUAUUGGGAGCUUCCAUGGUCUCCUCGUUCUGGUUGCCGACCGACGUCCACCUCGACGCGUCUCGUGUCGGUCGAAAGGCCCAUCGUCGGUGGCAAUUGGAAGUGCAAUCCCGCGAAGUUGGCCGACGCCAAGGCGCGGCCGCGGUCGAACCGGCACGACCUGCGGGUCGAACCGGCAGCGUUGCUCGCUGCCUGGAAGGAGAAGGCCUUCGACAAGGAGAAGGUGGAGGUGGUCAUCGCGCCCACGGCCCUUCACCUCGGUCACGUCAAGUCUCCCCUGGAGGGCCUGGGCAUGCAGGUGGGCUACACCCUCAUCGGCCACUCGGAGCGUCGCAGUAAAUAUGGGGAGACCGACGAGGACCGGUCGCCGGAACUCUGCAGUGGAUCUGAGGACAAGGACGAGGAGGAGCAGGUCGUCCGCAUCUCUGAGAUCACCCCAAAUCAGGUGAGGGAGCUCUUGCCGCCGGUGCUCCGCGGCCCCGGAGUCCAGGAUCUUUUUGCGGAAGUGAAGCGACCGCACCUGUCCAACCCUGAAAAAGGCGGCACGUCGAAGGCAACGCAUGGCGACACUGCCUGCGAGAAGGAGGUGAAGAGGUUGUGGUUGCAGCAUGAUGAUCAAGACUUCCUAGGCUUGCAGGAUGUGGGGCGCUUUGUGAAGCUCACCCGGGAGGACUUGCUGGAACAGCUCCCUGAAGGUGGCUGUGGCGAGCUAUUUCGUGACCUCACGUUGAUCCCCAGUCGCACCCGCGACGUGGGCUUGAUGGUGCGGAAGGUCACCGCGGAACUCAUUGAACAACUCGCAGAACUGCAGGAGCACACGGAUUCUCGAAACCGGAAGUGUAUUCCGAAGGCCGGUUUCCUCUUGGACGGCCACAAGGGCACCGGCAAGAGUCAGGUCCUCAACCUGCUGGCGAUGUGGGCGCGGAAGAAUGGCUGGCUGGUGGUCUUGGAGCCCUGCCCCGGACUAUACAGUCGUGAGAUCGCAGAGAUCAAGCGCUCCAACAACGGCGUGUACAUCCAAAGCGAGUUUGCGCAGCAGUUUCUGGAAGCCAUGUCCCUGGCCAACCGCUUGAUGCUGGAGGAGAUCCCCCUGGACCGGAGAAGCUACGGCUCUCGGAGCAUCGACGGAGAAGACCUGAAGGUCACGCGUCGGCUCUAUGAGCCUUUGAUUCAGAAGACCGUGGACACCGAGGUGGAGGCCGAAGGCCUCGGUGGCGUGGAGGAGCUGAAGCGCAUCGCCUCCUAUCGACGCCAGGUGCGGAUCCCUUCGAUGGUGGACGUGAUGCCGGAUCCGCAGAAUGUUUGGGAGAUUGUGGAGUUCGGCCUGGAAAACCCGGAGUAUGCUGUCCAGGCAGUUGCUGAGACCUUUGUACAACUGCAACGACAGAGGACUCAUCCUGUCUUGGUGGUGGUCGAUGCCUGGAACGAGUGUUUCCCAGUGUCAGAAUAUGUCUCAAUCCGCUAUGACAACACGCGCUUCAACGGCUACAUCCCCGCGUAUCAUCUUUCCAUGCCUCGGGCGCUCCACCGCUGGGACGGGCACCGCUUCCAACGGGGCCUGAAGCUUUGUGCCACCAGUUGGCAGCGCAGCAACCGACGGGACUAUCGACCGGAACUCCUCGGCGUCCAGGCUCACCAGAUUCGUACGGUGAGAAACUUUACACAGCAAGAGUUCGCCAACUACGUCAUGUACUUGCGCCUGAUGAAGGUCCUUCAUAAUUUUCCGGCAGAGGACUUGGAGUAUUUCUACAUGUUGACCCAAGGUUUCUUGGACUCAAAAGUAGGUGCUUGA